ACGAUAUAUAUGACUGCGAUUACUACGAUGCGCGAGGACCUUAGAAACUCGCGUGUCCGCACUACUAGUGUGCAGCUAUUCUAACUUUAGAAACGAUCUAUGCGAGUAUAUAUCAUCACAUUACAUCUCGCAUUCUGAAAUCCGACCUGAAAUUAGUGCUACGAACUGAAUGGUGGAACUAGUUCAGAAUGACAAUGUUGCUUUAACACGUUUAAUUGUAACCAGCUAUAUUACAUUCGUUAUAAUAUAACAUUGAUGAGAAUCAGCAUGCAUUCUGUACGAUUGUUGUCGGGAUAUGAUAUGCCCAUGGUGGGAUUGGGAACGUGGCAGGCUAAACCAGAGGAGAUUGAAACCGUUGUGAGUACUGCUUUAGAGUAUGGUUACAGACAUAUUGAUACAGCGGCGAAUUAUAAUAAUGAAGAGGCGAUCGGCAGAGCUUUGAAAAAAUGGUUCGAUAAAGGUGGUACUAGGGAAGAACUUUUUAUCACGACGAAGUUACCCCAUUUUGGUAAUCGACCAUCCGAUGUAGAAAAGUUCAUUAAAUUGUCAUUAAAGAAACUCGAAUUGGAUUACUUGGACAUGUACCUCAUUCAUAUGCCCUUUGCAUUUAAAUUGGAUGAGAGUACAUGCACCGCAGCAACAAACGAAGAUGGAAGUUACAUACUUGAUCUUAAUACAGAUCCUGUCUCAGUUUGGAAAGAGAUGGAAAAGCAAGUUGAAUCAGGACGGACUAGAUCUAUAGGUUUGAGCAAUUUUAAUGAAGAGCAGAUUUCGACCAUUUGGGAAAAUGCACAAAUUAAGCCGAGUAAUCUGCAGGUAGAGUUACACGCAUAUAUGCAACAGACACCGAUUCGAGAAUUAUGCAAAAAGUACAACAUCGUUGUAACCGGUUAUAGUCCAUUGGGUUCUCCAGCUGCAAAGACGCACUUUCAAGCGAAAUAUAACUACACUUCAGAAGCAUUUCCUGACUUACUGAAUAAUCCAAUUAUUCAAAAUAUCGCUGCGCAGUAUAAAAAAACGCCUGCACAGAUUUUACUGCGUCAUUUAUUACAACUAGACGUUGUAAUUAUCCCUAAGAGUUCAUCUCCAGAGAGAAUCAAAUCAAAUAUCGAUUUAUUUGAUUUUUCUUUAACAAAGGAGAAUAUGGAAGUCCUAAGUACUUUAGAUAAAGGUACUGAUGGAAGAAUUUUUAAUUUCUUAUUUUUUAAAGGAAUUCAAGAUCAUCCACAUUAUCCAUUUAAAAGCGAACUUUCUUAAUUAUAAAUUAACGUGCAAGUUAUUAGUUUGUAUUAAAAUAGUUGAGAGAGAAUUACAUUAACAUACUACAAACGAGCACAACAAUAUGUUACGUGAUUAUACAUCGAGGAUUUUUGUGUUAUUUAUCAAUGCAGUCUGUACAACAUUUUACGUUGCAAACGAUGUUGAAGCUCACCACGGCGUAUCAUUAUACUUGAUGUCCAAUUGGGAAUCUGUUCUUCAAUUGCUUUUCAAUGCGGGACAGUACUUCAUGAUCCUCUUCCGAGGUAAAUCCUUCUGCUCCUGAUAAUAAAUUAUGUAAUAUAUGUUAUAAUACUUUAUAUAAUUAAAAAGGAACAUUUUUAGACUAUUUUUAUACCCAAUAUAAUCUAUAAGCGUUUAACUUAAAAUAUAUAAACUAAAAAAUGUAUCGCAAUUUACAUUGUACUUUUUAAAUAUAAUUUUAUGUUUGAUGUGACGUAUAUAUAUGAUCCAAAGAUAA